AUGCAUGUGUUAUGCCCAUUUGCAGGUUACGAUCCCGUUUGCGGAGGUGCAAUUAAGGACAUGAUGCAAUUUCACAAACGCGUAAUUAUGGUAUUUUCCACUCUUCUUCUUGCCUCAUGGCUCGUUUUACAAUUAUCUGAAAGAGACCUGUGUAGCAAAUCGCUCAGCUUAGAAAGGUGAGUGUGCUGUUUUUGCAUGGUUAUGUUUUUUUGUUCUGUUUUGUUUUUGAGUUUUCGUUUAUUUAUUAUUUUAUUCAUUCAUUCGUUUCCUGUACCCUUGUAAUGUAAAAUAAUUAUUUAUUAAAUGCAAAAAAAAAAAAAAGCUUUCGAGCGGGGUGCAUCAUUUAAAAUUUUCUUUUCUCAGAUACCACCUACCAUUGCCUGUAUAGCGGUCUUUUGCGUUUCCUCGGAAACGGUAGAAGCGUAAGCUUAGCCAAGAGUUACUCGAAGGCAAACAGGGAGAGGAAAAAGUAGAGGGUAUGGGGUAAAUGAACACCUGCUUCGAUCAAGCUUUCCCUGUUUGGCUCCAAGGACACGGAAAAAACAACAAUACAAGCUUUGAGCGCCACUACUUACUGUGCCAAUGAUUGACGAGCCAUUGAAUCAAACCUAUUACAAUUAACUUGCUAUUUAUUGAUGAAGUCAUUCUUGACUACUUUCUUAACUUUACAGGAAACUGAUGGAAGUUGACCCUCUUGAACAGUCAACAGAUAAGCUGCAACUUCAAUGUAAACCGGCGAACAACAUUUUAUUCCUAAAGACGCACAAAACCGGUUCCAGUACGGUGACAAACAUUUUAAAUCGUUACGGCGAUACUAGAAGUUUAAUAUUUGCCAUGCCUGCGACUAAAAAGAGCUACAGUUUCUAUUGGCCUCUUUCCUUUUCACUCCGGUUUACACAGGUACUUUGGAAAGCGCCAAAUAUCUUAUGUAACCAUGCCAGAUACAAAAAAGCACCAAUGAACUGGCUCUUUCCAAAACAGACAACUCACUAUGUUACAAUAUUGAGGGAACCAACACAGCAUUUUGAGUCUAUCUUUAACUUCUUCUUUCUCGGCAAACAUUUUAAAGGAUUGGAAAAUGCUUCGUCGCCUCUUGAAAAGUUUCUUCAGAACCCAAAGGUAUACCUUAAAGUAGCAAAUCGAACAAAAAACCCUGGUUUGUUAAAGUUGAUGAGAAAUCCAGCGUUAUUUGAUCUGGGUCUUGACACAAAGUAUCAUGAUGAUCUAAGUCUAGUGCAGAACUACAUUCGAUUCCUACAAAGAGAAUUCGACGUUGUUAUGCUCAUGGAAUACUUCGAUGAGUCACUGGUGCUUUUGAAAAGACGACUUUGUUGGAAAAUCGACGAUAUUCUGUACUUUAAACUCAACGAGAGGAGAGACACCGAUAAACAAAAUCUAUAUAACGAUGUUAGAGAGAAAAUUGUAAAAUGGAAUUCUGGCGAUGAGCUUCUGUAUAACGCUUUUAAACGGAAGUUAUGGGAAAUGAUAGCAGAAGAAGGCCCAGAUUUUUUCAAAGAUCUCGCAAUCUUUCGAAGACAAUUAAAAUGCGUCAAAAUGACCUGUCUACAAGAGGGGAAUUUUCUGACCAGGCCCUAUGCUGGGAGACUGGUGCGAGGCUAUGUAGUGAAAGCCAACAUUUCUAAAAGUCUUAAUGAAUCUUGUAGUAGAAUGAUAAUGAAUGAGAUACCAUAUCUGGAUUACCAUCGCGAAAAAUUGUAUCGACAACUUUUAACUAUAGACAAACAUGAAAUUCAAGUAGAUCGUCUUAGAUGA